CCGGAAGCGGAAGCGUGCGGCGGCUGCUGCGCAUUUCUGGGUGAUGUCGCCGAGCCGGCGCCGACCGGGACCGUGCGGCCGGGUGGGGCUGGCAGCGGCGCGGCUUGCCUCACCUGGAAGACUCCAGUGAGAAUUGGAGUGUGAAAAGUUAGCAGAGGAAAGGAGUUGUUGUUUCCAUUCCAUGGAUCCCCUGGGUGCUCCUUCCCAGUUUGUGGAUGUUGACAGUCUGCCAGGCUGGACUGAUGCCUAUGAGGCUAAGCAGCUGGACUCUCACCAAAAUCCUAUUGAGAAAGCUCAAGUUGAUAUUAGGUCACCUUUUCCAUACAGGAAAGACAUCAAUGCAAAAAUAAUUUUAUGGAAAGGCGAUGUAGCGUUGUUGAACUGCACAGCCAUAGUAAAUACCAGUAAUGAGUCUCUCACCGAUAAAAAUCCAGUAUCUGAAAGUAUAUUCAUGCAUGCUGGGCCUGACCUGAGGGAUGAACUCCAGAAGCUCAAAGGGUGCAGGACAGGCGAGGCUAAACUCACCAAAGGCUUUAAUUUGGCUGCACGUUUUAUCAUUCACACAGUGGGACCCAAAUACAAAAGCCGGUAUCGCACAGCAGCCGAGAGCUCUCUAUACAGCUGCUACCGGAAUGUCCUGCAGCUUGCCAGGGAACAGGCAAUGUGCUCCAUAGGAUUUUGUGUCAUUAACUCUCUGAAAAGAUGCUACCCCUUGGAGGAUGCAACCCACAUAGCUCUGCGCACAGUUAGAAGGUUCCUGGAAAUUCAUGGAGAAACUCUGGAGAAGGUGGUGUUUGCAGUCUCUGAGCUUGAAGAGGCCACUUACCAGAAGUUGCUGCCUCUGUAUUUUCCAAGAUCAUUGGAAGAAGAGAUACAAUCCUUGCCUUACCUCCCUGCAGAUAUUGGCAAUGCAGAAGGGGAGCCUGUAGUACCAGAGCGGCAGAUCAGGAUUACUGAAAAGCCAGGUGUUCCAGAUGAUGCUUCAGAUGAAGAGGGUCUGGAGGCAGAUUUGUCUUUCAUUGGUUCCCAUGCUUUUGCCCGCAUGGAGGGAGAUGUUGAUAAACAGAGACGCCUCAUCCUUCAGGGGCAGUUGUCAGAGGCAGCACUGCAAAAACAGCAUCAGAGGAAUUAUAAUCGCUGGCUGUGUCAGGCAAGAGCUGAAGACCUCUCUGAUAUUGCUUCUCUGAAAGCCUUGUACCAGACAGGUGUAGAUAACUGUGGCCGCACAGUGAUGGUGGUGGUUGGAAGGAAUAUCCCAGUAACAUUGAUAGACAUGGAAAAGGCUCUUCUGUAUUUCAUCCACGUCAUGGACCAUAUUGCCGUGAAGGAAUAUGUCCUAGUGUACUUCCACACACUCACAAAUGAUUACAAUCAACUAGACUCUAACUUCUUGAAGAAACUCUAUGAUGUUGUUGAUGCCAAGUACAAGAGGAACUUGAAGGCACUGUAUUUUGUCCACCCAACAUUUCGUUCAAAGGUCUCAGCUUGGUUCUUCACAACCUUUACAGUCUCAGGGCUAAAGGACAAAAUCCACUAUGUGGAAAGCCUCCAGCAGUUAUUCACAGCCAUACCCCCAGAACAGAUAGAUCUCCCUCCCUUCGUCCUUGAGUAUGAUGCCAGGGAAAAUGGGCCUUACUAUUCUUCUUAUCCUCCAUCCCCUGACUUGUGAUCUGCAGUCCUGCAAUGCUGCUGGUUUCCCAUGGAUCCAAUGACCUGAUGCCUGCCAAAACCUGUGCAUUUCCCCAUGUACAGAAUUCAGAGAGAGGGUUUUCCUCCCCCAGCUCUGGUAUUUUUUUACUGAUGAGAUAUUUUCAAGCACUCAAGCAAUCAGAGAACUUUAUGCCACUGUGAACUGUACAACUAUUUCAAAUAUAUUUAUCCAAUGGAAAAGUU